UAUGUACAGACAUUAUGUACAGAAACAGACAACCAGUUUAUCAGAGUGCAAAAAGAGUUGAGAGAAUUAGAAAAUGGUUUAAAGAAAGUGUUAGAGAGAAUACAAAAUUUAGAAAGUAAAUCUGAGAAGCAUCAUGAGAAAAUAGAAAAUUGCAGUGCACAGACAACAAUACUUUCUGAAAAAUUGGAAGAUUUAGAUGCUGAGAUAAAGAAGCGAGAAGAAGACCAUAUUCCAAAGAAUAUUCGUGCACAACAUAAUCAAGAAAUAAAAGAAUGGGAGAAUGAUGAAUCUACUUUUUAUAAAACCCAAGCAACACACCACGUGUUGACAGUGUUACAUUUAAAUCAUUACAGUACUACCUGUGACAUUAUCUUAUUAAUGGUGGCCAUAAAAAAUAUGGUCACCAUGAUGGCCCUAAAUGUCCAUCAUUAUACCCCCUGCUGCUUAAUUAAUACACAAGGUAUAAAUCAAAAACUAGUCAAGGAUAAAGAGAAAUCAUGACUGCAUUGAAGUGUUAAAAUUACAUAACUUACAGGUAAAGUGUCUCAGGGAAAAUAUAUGACUUUUUGUGUUUGUCAAAUUUAAUAGCUGUGGUUAUGACAAGAAAAUUCUAAAAUAAAAUGAAAUAAUAAAACUAGUUGACCAUAGAGCUUCCUAACUUUUUUUUGUAAAAAUUUUCUCAUGACUGUUUGCAAAUGUUUGUUUCGAUGUUAUAACUUUUAAAUAAUUCUAUCAAUUUAAGUUAUUUUUUACAUGUAUUUUUUGGCAAGUGAAUAAUAAAUGAAUAUCAUCUUCUAAUAUAAUGCAAACUUUCACAACGCCUGCCUUUUUCCAUUGAAAAAGUGUUUCUCAAAUUAAUUUUCUAAAAUCAAAAUUGUUUAUACUUACUGCAUUUAACAUUGUUUAACAAAUGUUUAAGAUUAUCUUUAGGACUUAUUCUAAAUAAAAUUUAGGCAAUUCAUUAUUUCUCUAUUGAAUAAAUACAUGUAUAUUCAUUAUAUUCAUGAUAUUCAUUACAGAAAAAUUUGCUAAUUUUUUUAUUGUCAUAUAAACAUAUUACAAUUUAAUCAAGUUUCUGACAAAAACAAACCCAAAACAAACUUUAUAAUGCAAAGAAAUAACAAUUCUAUAGUAUAAGAAAUCAAAACACAUGGAAAAAGGUUAUAUUAGGUUUAUGCCCUCAGUUUUAUUGACUUUCUAUGUUAUAGAGGUUUAGCAUUUCUUUUACUUUUUGUUCUUGGUUAAGAUUUUAUUCAUAAGAUUCAAGAUUUUAUUCAUAAACUGGUCAGAGACAUUAUUAUGAGAAGGUAAACAAUUUUCAAAUAGAUUAUCUCUAAGUUAUGUUAAUUUUACAAACAAUUCUAUCCUUUAUAGGAGUUGUUAUUCACCAAUUCUAUUUCUAAAUUAUGACCACUUAUUCUUUACUUAGUGAAGCAUUUGAGUUUACUGUUUUCAUCAUAAAAUUUAUUUUAUUUUCAAAAAUAUUCUUAUUUUUUUUCUUAAAAUUCAUUUUUAAUCAAGGGCUUUAAAGAAUCUAAUUCAUUCAAGUCCCUGCAAUUAUUAACUUUAUCUAAAAGGCCUGAGUUGAGUGAAAUAUUCUUUGCAAAUGUAUACCAAGAAUAUGUAUCAUGCAUAUGCCAGUCCUGCAGUUUCGACAAUAUAAUACACAGAACAAAAAGUGAUUUAAUUAAUAGACCAUAAAAAUGUCACAAUCUAUAUAGAAGUGUACUUUAUUUUUUCUGGAGACAAAACUUGCCUGUUAACUGACAAAAUUAGCCAAACUGAAGAUAACAUAUUUGAUAAGUUUACAAUUGUUUCAAAAAGCAAGACAAUUUAUUCUUUAAAUAAUCUCUUUGUAAGUCUCUUUAGUGAUUUUUGAUGCAAAACUCGUUUUGAGAUUUGAAAAAUAUCAAAGAUAAACAAAAAUAGUUUAUUCCUAUACCAUAUAAUGAUAUUUGUAGUUUUCCGGAAUAAUAAUCAUGAUAAUAGAUUGUACAACUUUGUUAACAAAAUUUAUUAUAAAAGGGUUGAUAUUCAUGAUAUUGAUAAUUUAAAUUUGUGAAUAAACUGGCUUGUUAAAUUACUUGCUUCAUGGUUCCUUUAAACAUAUCAUUUGCAUGAUUAUAAGUUAUAAUUAAUAAUAAUGCAUUUAAUAAUGCAAACGAACAAUAGAAUACCAUGUACAUCAUGUAUAAUAACUUUUUUUUUACUGAAAAAAUAAUUAUUUAAAGGAUUCUCUCUUUUGUUUUCAAAUGCUAGUCAAUAACUUAUAUUUUAAUUUUUGUCAUUUCUACUCAAGAUUCUUUCCAAGAGGAAAUUAAAAGAAUAAGAAGCAAAAAAACAAAUAAAAUUAUAAUAACAUAAAAAAAUAAAAGCAUUAGAAAAAAAGGAAAAUAUGUAAAUUUAAAGACAGAAAAAUCAACAAAUGAUAUGAAUUAACAAAGACUAAAACAAACAUUCUAUUCUACAUUUUCAAGAAAAGGUAAAAUGUCAAUUUGAGAAGAAACCUGAGUUACAUGUACCUGUACAGGUAAAUUUUAAUGAAACAUACAAGCUGAAAACUUCAACCCUGAUUGAUUUCAACAGGUAACAUAAUUAGAUAAAUCAUCAACCUAUGUUUUAUGACCCCAAUAAAUGGCCAACAUCUCAAGAUUGAAUACCUCAAUAAAUGGCCACCAUUUGAUGGUGACCAUACAAGAGGGUGGACAUAACUAAGAGGAAGUCACAGGUUGUACUGUAUAUUAUUGUCAAAGGGAGCGCAGGUUGUGGUAAAUCUUCAAAUAUACAUCAUGCUGCCUUACACUUACGUAACAAUUUUGGAUAUGAGAUAAUAACUGUUUUAACAGGAUCAACAGACAUUUUGAAUUAUUAUAAUGAAAACAAGAAAAAAGCGUUUGUUGUGGACGACAUUAGUGGAAAGGAAUCUAUCAAUUUACAGACAUUACAGAUGUGGAUAGAUUAUUCUGAAAGAUUGGAGAAAAUAUUUAAGAUCAAUAAUACAUAUGAUGUCAAUGUCUCAGAAAUAUUAGGUUCAAAACUGUUAGUUUCUUGUAGAUUACAUAUAUAUAAAGAACCCCAGUUCCAACUAUUAAAGUUUCUUACAAGGCAAGAAUGCAAUUUAUUGUCACCAGCAUUUGUUCUUCUACAAGAGGAGAAAAUAUAUAUGGUGAAAAAAUACCUGCCAGAUGAUAUAAUAGUUAAUGUAAUGAAAUUCGAGGAGAACAAUGAUUUUUUUCCAUUGCUUUGCAAAUUGUCAAAAGACAACACAUGAGAAGAAGUCAUUAAACUUUUCACAGCUCCUGUGAACAGCAUUAGAAAAAAACAUAAGCCACAUUGUUCUUGAGAACAAGGUACAGUUUUGUGCUCUUGUUUUAUGUAUAUUGUAUGAUGAUGGAUUCAAUACAGAUUGGCUUAAUUUGAAAUCACUGUCAGUGAAAAAGAAGGACAAACUUGAAGAUAUUGUUAACGAAUUUGACAUAAACUUAUCUAAAGAAAUAUCAAGAAAUGCUUUAAAAUCUUGUUUUAUAGUUUUAAAUGGUACAUAUUUUGAGCAAAUUGGUACAAAGUACAGAAUGAUACAUGAUAAAAUCUAUAAAAUUGCAGCUGUAAUCUGUGGACAGCACCUUACAGAAUGUUUUAUAAAAUAUAUUCCUUCCAUAUUUAUUCGUGACCUUUUCAUCUUUGAAUCUAUUUUGAAUGUACCAGUUAAUAAUGAUGUAAUAAUACUAUCGAAAGAAAAAGAAGAAGAGUAUUUUGAAAGAUUGUUAACUGACUUAAAAGAAUUUAUCAUCAUAAGUACUUUUCAUAAUAAACAAUUGAUAUCUCAGGCAUUUAGAGACAGGUUAAUAUAUUUUUUUAGUAGGAGUGAUGAUGCAAAAACAUUUUUAAAGGAGUUUGAUAAAGAAGGUUUAUAUACAACACCUGUGAUAGAAUCAGCAUCAGGAGGUUACCUUGAUUUGGUCCAUUUUUUGAUUGUAGAUGUAAAAUGUGAUAUAAAUAAGACUGAUGGAAACUGCAGGUCAGUUAUAUAUAAGGCGUCUGAAGGAGGACAUACAGAUGUAGUCAAAUUAUUACUUCAAAACAAUGCUGAUGUCUCGCAGUGUAACUUUAGUAGACAGUUUCCAUUGCAUGCUGCAUGUAAAGGAGGGCAUAUAGAUGUAGUUAAGUUAUUGCUGCAGGAAAAUACUGAUGUUUCGCGGUGUAACCAUUUAAAACAGUCUCCGUUGUAUGUAGCAUGCAGAGGAGGACAUACAGAUAUAGUGAAACUACUACUCCAGGACACUGUUGAUGUCUUGAAAUGUGAUCAUUUUAGAGAAUCUCCGUUGUACGUAGCAUGUGAACAAGGACAUACAGCUAUAGUGAACUUGUUACUACAGAAUAAUGCAGAUGUUUCAGAGUGUAACUCUUCUAAUGUUCUCCUUUGUAUGUUGCAUGUGAAGGAGGGCAUAUAUAUAUAGUGAAACUUUUACUUCAUAACAGUUCUGAUGUAUUUCUGUAUAGCAAUAAUGGACAGUCUCCAUUGUAUAUGGCCUGUGGUGGAGGCCAUACAGAUAUCGUGAAAAUGUUGCUGCAACUGAACGCUGAUGUGUCUCAAUGUAAUAAGGAUGGAAAGUCCCCAUUGUAUGCAGCAUGUGAAGGAGGAUAUCAAGAUAUAGUUAAACUGUUGCUGCAAAAAAAUGCGGAUGUAUCUCAGUCUGACAGUUAUAGACAAUCUUCUUUGUAUGUGUCAUGUAGAAAAGGACAUACAGGUAUUGUCAAAAUGCUGCUGCAGAACAAUGCCUUUAAUUCUGUGGAGCACAGUUUGGGAUGGUGUCUAUCAAAUAUGUUGCAUGUGGCAUGUGAGGGAGGGCAUACAAAUAUAGUAAAACUGCUACUUCAGAACAAUUCAAAUGUAUCUGUGCGUGAUAUACAUGGAGAGUCUCCAUUGUUUGCUGCCUGUAAAGGAGGACAUUUCAAAACAGUGAAACUUUUACUGCAGAAUAGUGCUGAAGUGUCUAGAUGGAACAAUAAUCAAGAGACUCCGUUGUAUGUUGCCUGUAGAGGAGGACAUACAGAAACAGUAAAACUGUUGCUGCAAAACAAUGCUGAUAUAUCUCAGUGUAAUACAGAGGAUGAGUCUCCGCUGUAUGUUGCCUGUGAAGGAAUGCAUAUAGAUACCAUAAAACUGUUACUACAGCACAAUGCUGAUGUGUCUCAGUGUGAUCGUAACUAUGGACAGUCGCUUUUACAUGUGAUAUGUGGAAGUAAUUUAUAUAAAUACGGUCAACCACUUAAAGAUGCAUAUGAAUAUAAGUGGAAGAAGUAUUCAGAUCGUAUUGAAAUUGUAAAAUUAUUAAUUGCAUGGAACGCAGAUGUUCAAAUGUGUAAUAACAAUGAUGAAACACCAAUAUGUGUAGCCUGGAACGCAGCCUUUUGUGAAAUUGAAAAUAUUCUUGUUUGGUCAAUAAAGAACUAGAGGAUUAUAGGUACACUGUAAGAAGUGAUAAGAUGUAACUUUAAGUCAUUAAUAGCACUGAGUUUUUCAAGCUUAUAGAGGUACCAGGGUCAAAAUGAGUUUUUUUGCAUUUUUACAUAGAUUCAAAACACCCUGACAAGUUAUUUUGCUAGAUUCUGCAAAAUGCCAGAAUUAUGGUCAUUUUUGUUACUUUAGAUUUUUUUAAUAUUUAUUUUUCACAGGCAUUUCAUCUAAAAAAAUUUUACCAUUCGAUUGCCAUAGCAAGAAUGUACCGAAAUCUGCAAUCUAAAUAAUAAUUUGAAAUCCAAAAGAAACUGCUAUCAAUUUCAAUAGAUUUCUAAGGGGAAAAAAAUUCAAAUAAUAUCACCAAAAAAUAAAACUAGGUACUUUACAAUUUUAAUCAUUGUUAUAUCUCAUUUUGAAAAAAAAAAAAUGGGCACCU